AUGACAUAUCUCCAAAUAAAGAGAAUUACUAUUGUAAUUGCCAGGAAAAAGGGAGCUGAUCAAUUAGUGGAUAAAUUGAUAAAUAACUUCUAGAUAUUUUUUUAAAUUGUAGAGAUAGAAUAAUUGAUUAGAUUAUUAGAGGUAGGUGCUUACCUUAAAAAAUUCAAUAUUUGA